AUGACUAUGUUAUCCCCACAAACCCAGAUGGCAGUUCAGGGAGAAACAUCUAAACUGAGGGACUUAGAGGCAGAAGAUGCCGGCGAAUGGUCCCUAGAUUCAGUCACCCUACUAGGAAGUGUUACAGUCCCUACCGGACUUUGUUCUACGCUCCUUAACAAUAUCUACAUUUGUUAUGUUUUAUCUAUUUAUGAUGAUGUUGAUGGAAGUUUUGAAUACUUAGCUGCAAGGAUUAGGGAGUUAUUGGAGAAUGUGGGUUUGGCUCAAGAGAGUUUGCCAUCCAGUGUAGUGGGUUCAGCGCAGGUUUUGGCGAGUGUUGCUAAUUUGUUAAACAUAAGAGACACUGAGUUGAGCAGUUUCCUUGUGUCAAUGGGAGAUGUUUCUCUGAGAAAGUCUGGAGUAGAGGAGAAGAGGGCAAAGGUACAAAAAGAGUCUAAGGUGCUCCUGGAUUAUACUCGGAAGGCUAUAGCAAGGCUAACUUACUUGAAAAGAGUACUUGCGCAGCUGGAAGAUGAAGUUGCUCCUUGUGAGGCUCAGAUUGAAAACUGGAAGACUAACUUGCCACUCCUGGUUUCAAAAGAGCGAGAAUACAAUCAGAGAUAUUCCAAUCAAUUAUAUGAAUUGUUAUUCAACAGUACCGUGUUGCGUGAGGUAACUAUGUCAUGUGUGCUCUAUCUGAUGAUUGUGCUUCAUUUUCUUUGUGAAAUCUGUAGCUGGAGGCUUAGGCUGCAUAUGUUGCUUGAUGUGGCUUUGUAAAGCUAUUAUUUUCUU